GGGUUUGGCAAUGUAUCCCGAAAGGGGACCUGACUCCACCCUGUUUGUCGACACGGGUUCCACAAUGGGACUUUAUAAUGACUACAGCUCUGCAGGCAACCUCUUUGACCACAGCACUUCUGCAGCCCUUUAUACGGAUCCCCGUGGUCACAACAUCCAGGACAAAGUACCGGAAAUUAAGGAGGAAUCUGAGCUUCUCUGAACACGCCUUGCUAUUCAAUAAGGGCUCCUACAAGUGUAUUAAGUGCAGCAAGGUGUUUUCAACACCUCAUGGGUUAGAGGUACAUGUGAGAAGAUCCCACAGUGGCACAAGACCAUUUGCCUGUGAAAUCUAUGGGAAGACCUUUAGCCAUGCAGUGAGCUUGGAGCAGCACAAAGCAGUCCAUUCUCAGGAGAGAAGCUUUGAUUGCCAAAUAUGUAGUAAAAGUUUGAAAUGUUCCACCACCUUGUCCACUCAUUUAUUAAUUCAUUCUGAUACUCGCCCCUAUCCGUACCAGUACUGUGGCAAACGUUUUCAUCAGAAUUCAGACAUGAAAAAGCACACUUUAAUCCAUACAGGUGAGAAACCUCACAAGUGUCAAGUAUGUGGGAAAGCCUUCAGCCAAACUUCUAAUCUCAUCACCCACAGCUGUAAGCAUACAGGAUUUAAGCCUUUUGGGUGUGACCUCUGUGGAAAAGGCUUCCAACGAAAAGUGGGCUUGAGAAAACACAAGGAAACGCAACAUGGCCUAAAAUAAUAGGGUGGGCACUGUUACCAGAAGACAGUUUACACCAUGACAAAAUGGGACAGUCCUUGGUAACAAACACUAAGAGGAUUAUUGUGCUGUUGCUCAAAAGAAUCGUCUCCUACUGAAUUGAUGCACAUUGGUCACCAAUGCAUGAUGCUCCUUGGACAAGUGGAAUCCUCAUUGACCGUAGAGUGUAUUGCCGUAUUGAAUGCACUACAUACACCUCAAAUUGUGCUCAGAAAUGAGAUUUUUUUUGUAAAUAUGAGGUUAAUAAAUGACAAAGUUGUUUAAUAGCAUCAGCAAGGAAGUCAAAACCAGAUAUAUUUAAAGCAAAAUAUUUUUGCACAAUAAUUUACCUACAACAAAUAGCUAAUAUUAUUUGGGUUGGUGGUAAAUUUCUUUGCUCAUGUAAAAUUAAAAGUUAAACGACAGACUU